AAGCCAACAUGCAGAAGGGGGAGAAAAAAUGGGAUUUGGAAUGAUCAUCGUGAGAUUGAGGGAGGGACUAAAGUGUGCAUAACAUUUCUUCCUCCUCCUUGGGACUCGCUGCGAGCAGGUACAGCAUCUCUGUCGUCCACCGUCGGCUGUCACGCUCAGCUGGCCAGCGUCUCCACUUCACGACAAACUUUCCUCGCUGCAGUGUCCGUGAUGAGUUACUACGUGGAUCCAGUUUCUUCCUACCCAGCCCUUCACCCCUGUGACCGUCUGGGCGUAACGAGACAGGAUGGCGGUGUGGCAGUGGGCCCUCAGAACCAGCUUUCAGGCGUGGUCCACCCCCAGCACCAGGUUUACCCUUCACAGCCACUUCUUCCACAUGACAUACCCCUGCAGGAGGUUCCUGAUGGACAUGAUGUUUGUCCCACAGAUCCAGAGUGCGGCGAUGUGCCCUUGCUGACUCCAGGAAGUAAAGAGAUGAUGUCUCAGGCUCUGAAGGCCACCUUCAGCGGCUUCACAAAGGAACAACAGCGACUGGGAAUUCCCAAAGAUCCCAGACAGUGGACAGAAAACCACGUGGCUGAGUGGCUAACAUGGACAGUGAAUGAGUUCAGCCUGAAGAAUGUGGACUUUGAUAAGUUUGUCAUGAAUGGAGCCAGCCUGUGUGCAAUGGGGAAAGAGCGCUUCUUGGACUUAGCUCCUGACUUUGUAGGCGACAUCCUUUGGGAACAUUUAGAAAUGCUUCAAAAAGAGGAUACAAAGCAUUACCCCAUCAAUGGACUGACCUCCAACUUCCAGGAAUCCCGUUAUACCUCAGACUGUUUUUUCAGCUAUGGUGUUGAGCAUGCUCAGUGUGUCCCUCCUUCUGAAUACUCAGAGCCCGGCUUCAUCACAGAGUCCUACCAGACCCUGCAUCCCAUCAGCUCAGAGGAGCUGCUCACCCUCAAGUAUGAAAGCGAAUACCCCGCUGUCAUCCUGCGCGACACGGCCCUGAACUCCAUGCCAGGGGACUACUUCUCUGUCAAGCAGGAGGUGGUCUCCCCUGACAACAUGUGUGUGGGACGCCUCAGCAGAGGCAAACUCGGAGGUCAAGACUCCUUUGAGAGCAUUGAUAGCUUUGAAAGCUGUGACCGACUGACCCAGUCAUGGAGCAGCCAGUCCUCAUUCAACAGUCUUCAGCGGGUACCGUCAUACGACAGCUUUGACUCGGAAGAUUACUCCACUGCUCUGCAUGGCCACAAACCCAAGGGCACCUUCAAAGACUACGUGAGGGAGCGCUCAGACCUCAGCAAGGAUAAACCCGUCAUCCCAGCAGCGGCGCUGGCAGGAUACACAGGUAGUGGCCCCAUCCAGCUGUGGCAGUUUCUUCUGGAGCUCCUGACCGACAAGUCUUGCCAGUCUUUCAUCAGCUGGACAGGCGACGGCUGGGAGUUCAAGCUUUCUGAUCCAGAUGAGGUUGCCCGGAGGUGGGGGAAGAGAAAAAACAAGCCCAAGAUGAAUUAUGAGAAACUGAGCCGUGGCCUUCGUUACUACUACGACAAGAACAUCAUCCACAAGACGUCUGGGAAGCGCUACGUCUACCGCUUUGUCUGUGACUUGAAAAGCUUGUUGGGCUACACUCCCGAGGAGCUCCACGCCAUGUUGGACGUAAAGCCUGAUACGGACGAGUGAAAGCAGAGAUGGGAGGGGGACAAAAAAAAUGAAGGAAGUGAGGACAAAGUUUAGGAGCCACACGGACUGAGGCUUUUAAAAUAGUCUUAACUGUUUGAUUUAGUUGGUAAAGCAUUUUGGGGGGGGGACCCGAAUGUUUUUAAUGACCAACUGUGGUCUUUUUCAGCUCUGAGCUCCUGAUUCUCAGACCAUGUUUUAAAGGAAGGCAGAAGCCAAAAACCCCUGUAUUCGUUCCCUGCAUUGGAGAGGUGUGAGCGAGCGAAUGUGCAGUUGUGUCAUUUUUUUACAUUUUAUUUCAUAUAUAUAUAUAUAUAUAUAUAUAUAUAUAUAUAUGUCUGUAUAUAUAUAUGUCUGUAUAUAUACCUUAGCUUUACCGGUAGACUGCUGGUUUUCUUGUGUUUAGGUUAUAAAAGUGGGGGAGGCAGGAGCAGCAAGAGACAAAGGGUGAACCACAAGCGGGGAGGAGUUGACUAUAGUGAUGCAUUUCAGAGCUCAGUUAAACAGAAGGGGAGCGAAAACUUCCCUUUUCGCUCCCAAAAAGUCAAAUCUGAACCGAGAAAGGCAUUGUACCGUAUUUAAAGACAUGAUUUCUAUCUCGAGAGGAGACACUUUUUCGGCAGGACCAAAAAAAAAAAAGAAAAAAUCAAAUUGUUGUUCAUAAUUUGAUGUUUCAGGAGUUUGUGCCAGUAUUAUACUGCUAGAAAGGACCGAGGUAAACCAGCCAGGCCAAUUAAAUUAUUGAGAGUUUUGCUUGUGAAGACUCAAGUUAAACUUCUCUUAUCUCAAGGACCGUUAACUGAAAUGUGCUGAUUUAGGAUCACACAACACUAGAAACACUGGCCCUGAGCUUUGUGCCUGGUAAAGCCUUGGUAGAGAUGACUCAUUUCCAUAGUGUCUGAAAGACGAAUGAAAGUAACCGUUGCUUUAGAAACUGACUCACCUUUAUGUAUAUGUUUGCCAUUUUGUCAAAGGACACAUAUUGUGACUGAAACUUGUGCAUUUUUGCAUUUACCACCAGUAUUAGCAAAAUGUAGACAAUCUAUGCGGGGAAAUUCAGGAGCCUUUGCUAAGAAGAACUGUUUGAUGUGCGGAUUAAGUGAAUAACUUGUCGGGUCAUUGUUUAUGUUAGGAUUGCGUUGUCCCAGUAGUCCUGUCUGUUCUGUGAAAAAGGCAUUACUUAUCUGAGGAAGAGAUUUGUUUGUUUUUUAUUAUUUUAUUUCUUAUUUUGAAAGCCCUAAGAAUGUCAAAUGUUCCUCAAUUUUUUUCUGUCACACAGCUUGCUGUGGCCGUCUGAGUGCAGCUCCAGUGCAGUGAGGAGGUACAUCGUAAGGAUAGCAGAUAGGAAAUGUACAGAAUGUGAAGUUGUUGUUUUUUUCCAAGGGGGGGAGAGAGAUGAAGGUGCCAGAAAGGAAUCUGCGGAUAACGCAGGCGAUCAUCGAAAGCAAUAGACAGAGAUAAAGCAAGUUAGUUCACUUGAGACCUGUUGGCUGAAUGGCAGAGCGUUUGAUUUCAAACUGUAUGAAAAACACACAAGGGUUCUUUUUUGGAGUUUCCUCACAAUUCACUGGUUGCAUUCAUACAAACGGGCAGCAGUUUCCUCCCCACAGUGGGAACAGUGGCUCUACACUGGGAAAUGCCAAAGUUGAAUAUUAUCUUAGAAUACAAUGUUAUUGUUUACAGUGACUGAAUGUUACUAUAUGGAUGAAAAUAGCUUUUGAGAUGUCUAUUUGUACAGAUUGUAUUUCAUAAUGCUUUAUUGAGACCCAGAUUACACAAAUAAGCAACAGACAAAGCAGGAAUAAUAACCAAAGCCCAUGUGAGGUCUUUGGCCACGGUGCAUUGGGGUAUCCACAGCGUUAGAGGACAGGGACCAAAAAUUUCUCAUGUAUAUGGAAAGUGUUGUCUUUUUUUUUUUUCUUUUUUUUUUCAAGAACACACACAUAUAGGACAAAGUCUUUGUUUCUAACUGAAUGCAGAACAGAGGUGCAGUAAAUGUUUGAGAUCUUUUUCGCUUUUUCAUUAUAAGGAAGUUUUAAACUUGUGACCUUUUCAACAUAAAUCCGAUCUUAAAGUAUUUGGGGGUAAAUACAUAUUGCUUUUCAAAACACUGUUUUUUUUUUAGUCAUUAUCACAUUUUUUUCCUACAAUUUAACCCCUUUGUAAAGAUAAAAUCCUUUGACAAAAACAAAAUCCGAAUAUUAGUAUGGCUGCACAAGUGGAGAAAACAGUUUCUUACCUUAAAUGUUUUUUUUUUUAAUGUUUUGUUAGGAAAAUAUACUUUUUUUCAUAUGGGAGACUCCAAUCUACUGCAGGACUUGUUUAUGUGUGUCUCUUUGUCAGACGAGUGUAUUUAAACCAAUAUUUUGUGACAUAUGCAUAUCUCAGAACUAUACUAGAAGGAAAAGCCUUAUUGUCUUGGAUGUAUUUUCUUUGUGUAUAUUUUUUAUAUUGUGUCUGUAUUUUUGUUAUGAGAUCAUUUUUAUUAUAUUUAGUUCACAAGCAUUUGAAUAUUUUUCAAUAAUUUAUAUUUUAUAAGAGACAAAAGACACAGAUAGCUGGUGCUUUCAUGGGAACUUAAAGGUAGCGCAGGACAAAGCAAUGUAGCGAUCUGUUUUUUUUUUGUUUUUGUAUUUUUUUUUCUUUUUUCUCUUAAAACAAAAUUGACCUGUCUGCUAGGAAAAAAAAGGCUGAUGCUGGCCCAUCAAUGAUUCUGCUGGAAAGGUUUUAUAAACUGUAGCUUCUAUUUCUAAAAUGUACUUAAUGUACUUCCAAAUGGUAUAAAAUAUAUGUGAAGACAGAUUUUA